AUUAAAAUAAAAAAUGGAGAAGAUUUCUUUGAAACUAGCUUUCUUGGCUGUGAUCGCCCUUAUUGCAUUUUGUUCAUCAUUUUCGGUGACCGAAGCGAGAGAGAUGGAGAAAGAGGGACUGAACUGCAUAGGAGGAUGUCCAUCGGGUCAGAAAGACUGUAACUGCAUACCGGUUUCGUCUCCCAUGACGGAGAUCGAUGCGACAUCGUCGUGCCAUAAGGACAAAGAUUGUGCCAAGUUCUGUCCCAAAGGUUGCAAGAUCAUGAAUUGUAACGGCGGGCGAUGUUUCUGCGAAUGUUGAGAGGGGAAUAGCUAGUUGUGACUACCAAUGACUAUCACAUACAUGCUCAUGCUGUUGUAUGUUGAUAUUGAUUGAUUGGAGUCAAAAAUAAAAUUUAGUAAGGUCCAAAUUUUAGUUUAAUAUGUUACAAACUUUAAAUAAAAACUAAAAAUGUUUA